AUGUGUGUACUUGACAGCCAUGCAGGAUUCAGACACAGGGCAACAGUUGUCGGUGUAGGGGACAGCCAACAGCAAACACUGACUCUAACCACAGCCAACGCUGACCCUAACACCUGCCAACACCUAUCCCAACCACAGCAAACGCCAUCCCUAACCACUGCAGUCAAUGCUGACCCUAACCACAGCCAACGCCGACUGCAGUCAACGUACAAUUGCAGCCAACUCCGACCGCAGCCAACCACCAACCGCAGUCAACCCCAACCCCAACUCAGCCAACCCCAACCCCAACGACAACCGCAGCCAACACCAACCUCAACCACAGCCAACCCCAAAGCCAACCUUAACCCUAACCCUAACCCCAACCAACCCCAACCCCAACCAAAUAUGCUGAAGGAAAAUUGCUGCGGUAAUGCUAAUGUACCACCCACCACCUUGGCCCUGCUAAAAGAUAUAUCUGCUGUCUAG